CAGUCGGCAGCCCCGGAGGGAUGCGGCGCAGAGCGGCCGGCGGCAGCCCGCGAAGCCUGGCCCGGCUGCGGGCAUGACCCGGGCCCGGAGCGGGGCCGAGCCGGCUGCGGUGUGAGCUUCGCCCCGGGAGGGCCGGGCCGGGGCCGCCUCUCGCCCUGCCCAAGCCUCCGCGCAUCCUCCAGCACCGCCUGCGCGGGCCGUGCCGAGCCGUACCGAGCUGUGCCCAGCCGUAUCCGAGCCGUACCGAGCCGUAUCCGAGGCAUAACGAGCCGCGCCGGGCCGGUCGGUCCGAGCCGUGCCGAGUCGGGCUGAUCCGAGCCGUGCUAAGCGGUAGGAUGAGGGGCAUCCUUUACUUCUGCACGCUGGUCCUCCUGGAAGGUAUGGCAGAAGCUGUCAGCUCCAGCAGGGACUGCCUUCAAGCAGGGGAGUCCUGCACCAACGACCCCAUCUGCAGCGCCAAAUUCAGGACCCUGCGGCAGUGCAUCGCAGGCAACGGAGCCAACAAGCUGGGCCCCGACGCCAAGAGCCAGUGCCGCAGCACCGUCACGGCCCUGCUCUCCAGCCAGCUCUACGGCUGCAAGUGCAAGAGGGGCAUGAAGAAGGAGAAGCACUGCCUCAGCGUCUACUGGAGCAUCCACCACACCUUGAUGGAAGGCAUGAAUGUACUGGAGAGUUCCCCCUAUGAGCCCUUCGUCAGAGGCUUCGAUUACGUCCGGCUGGCAUCCAUCACCGCAGGGGCCGAGAACGAGGUGACGCAGGUGAACCGCUGCCUGGACGCCGCCAAGGCCUGCAACGUGGAUGAGAUGUGCCAGCGGCUGCGGACCGAGUACGUCUCCUUCUGCAUCCGGCGCCUGGCGCGGGCCGACGGCUGCAACCGCUCCAAGUGCCACAAGGCCCUGCGCAAGUUCUUCGACCGCGUGCCGCCCGAGUACACCCACGAGCUGCUCUUCUGCCCCUGCGACGACACCGCCUGCGCCGAGCGCCGCCGCCAGACCAUCGUCCCCGCCUGCUCCUACGAGUCCAAGGAGAAGCCCAACUGCCUGGCGCCGCUGGACGCCUGCCGCGAGAACUACGUCUGCAGGUCACGCUAUGCCGAGUUCCAGUUCAACUGCCAGCCCUCCCCGCAGGCUGUCAGCGGCUGCCGCAGGGACAGCUACGCUGCCUGUCUGCUGGCCUACACAGGCAUCAUAGGCAGCCCCAUCACUCCCAACUACAUUGACAACUCCACGUCCAGCAUCGCUCCCUGGUGCACCUGCAACGCCAGCGGCAACCGGCAGGAGGAGUGUGAGAGCUUCCUGCGCCUCUUCACCGACAACCUCUGCCUCCAAAAUGCGAUCCUGGCCUUUGGCAAUGGGACCUACCUGAAUGCAGCUGUGGCCCCAUCCAUCCCCCCCACCACACAGAUGUACAAGCAGGAGCGAAACGCCAACAGAGCCGUGGCGACCCUCAGAGAGAACAUCUUUGAGCACCUCCAGCCCACCAAGGUGGCUGGAGAGGAGAGGCUCCUGCGGGGCUCCACUCGUCUGUCAUCAGGGACCUCCAGCCCAGCAGCUCCCUCCUGCUGGGCAGCCUCCUCGCUGCGGAUGUGGCUUCUCCCCUCUCUUGCUGUGCUGAGCCUCUUUGUGAUGUGAGGCAGGGUGGGCACACACCAGGCAGAGACUCUCUUUGUGUUGGUUUCUUCACAAAACAAGCAGAGCAGAAGCUGUUUUGGGGAGGAGGGAGGGGAUGGAAGGAGAGGUGAGAUGUGGACAUCCCUUCCUCCUCCUCCAUCUGCCAGCUGAUUUGAUUUUAUACAACCAGCAUCAUCAACAACCACCUCAUUCUUGGUCCUGGCCACCUUUCCACCUCACAGCUUGGUUGUUGUUCCUCCAGCUCUCUGUGGACAGGGUCAGAGCCAUGGACAAUUCCCUUGGAACAGGUGAAGGAGAAAGUUGAGCCAAGAAAUGAGAGCUGCAGAGGAAAUGAUUUUUCCUGCCCUAGCCAAGAGGGGAAAAUCCUUUGAAAGAUGAGCUCUCAGGAGCUUUCCUGAAGCCCUGACUCAUGUUGUGGAACUCUUGACAGGACAUUCCAAGUGAUGUGGAGUUCAGACUGUCUCCAGGGUUGCUCAGGACCUGAAGAGCAGCCCGCCUGGUUCAGACUGAGGCAGCCAGAGCGGCAGCGGGGAGCUGGCUGGCUUUGUUCACCAGGAAAGAUCCAGCAGCACCUCUGGGGUGGACUAAGCAGCCAUGCUGCAAACUGGCUGGCAGGGAUUAUCCCCCCCUUGAAACCAUGGCCAGCAUGCAACCAGUUUGAAACUGCCAGCUGCCACCUGCCCCCC